CAAGUAUGGUGUUCAUUGGGUUGGGAAGGAAACUAUUGUUUAUGUGUGAAGCACGACUAAUGGAAGUUCUGAUAGAUCCAAGAAAGUCCGGACUCAGCAUUGGGAGUCUCUUUCAAGGUGAAUACUGAUGGCUCAAGGACAGAGAAACAGAUAAGAGACUAUUAAAGAAGACAGAAAUGAGGAGUUCUGGUUAUGUGGACAUCGCUCAAACUUGGUAUCCUUUGGUAUGAACUGUUGAGAUCGACCAUUUUAUGUCAGAAGCCAGGCUCACAAGCAGGAUGAAAGAAAAUUUGAAUUCCUAAGGGGUGUGAGAUUAUGAUACUAUUCGAUAGUAUUCAAUUUUUCUGGUGCAGAAGAGCUCCAUCUGCUGCCACUGUCCAAGGGUGAAAACAGAGUCAACUACUAACAGGAAUGGGAGAGUUAUCAGGGAGAAAGAAGGGUAAGUUGAGAUGGAGCAAAUUGUAUUCCUUUUCAUGCCUGCGACCCUCCAUUUCUGAUCCCUCGCCUGUUCAGAAGCUCUUUGGUCAGCCAGGAUUUUCUCGUGUGGUUUUCUGCAAUGAAUCUCAACUACACAAGAUCAAACCUUACAAAUACCCCAACAACUAUAUAUCAACGACCAAGUACAAUUUUGUUACUUUUCUUCCCAAAGCUCUUUUUGAACAGUUCCGCAGAGUUGCAAAUCUUUAUUUUCUCUUGGCUGCCGCAUUGUCGAUCACUUCAUUGGCCCCUUUCAAUCCAGUAAGUUUGAUUGCUCCCUUGGUGUUUGUGGUGGGGAUUAGCAUGCUCAAAGAGGCAGUGGAGGACUGGCAUAGAUUUUUGCAGGAUUUGAAUGUAAACUCUCGAAAUGUAAAGGCUCAUACUGGAAAUGGUACAUUUAUAAAUAAACAAUGGCAGUCACUCUGUGUAGGAGAUGUCAUCAAAGUUCAUAAGAAUGAAUAUUUUCCAAGUGAUCUCCUUCUGUUAUCUUCUAGCUAUGAAGAUGGUCUUUGUUACGUAGAGACCAUGAACCUUGAUGGAGAGACCAAUUUGAAAGCUAAAAGAUGCCUAGAAGCCACACUUGGCUUGGAUGAGGAACCAGAAUUAAAAAAUUUUACAGCUACAAUUCGUUGUGAGGACCCAAAUCCAAGCCUUUACACCUUUGUGGGGAAUUUGGAGUUUGACAAUAAGUCAUAUCCCUUGUCCCCAGCUCAGGUGCUGUUAAGAGACUCAAAACUUCGAAACACUGAUUACAUUUAUGGAGUUGUUAUCUUUAGCGGGCCGGAUACAAAAGUAGUAAGAAACUCCACUAUAUCACCAUCUAAACGUAGCCAGAUUGAGAGAAAGAUGGAUCAUGUCAUUUACCUUCUUUUCUCAAUGCUUGUUUUGAUUUCAUUGGUCACUGCAAUGGGAUGUGCAUUGGUUGUGAAAUCUGAUAUGGUUAAUUGGUGGUACCUUCGUUUGCAAGAAGGAGAUCCAUUCUUCAGUCCAUCAAAGCCCUUCGUAUCGGGUUUCCUACAAUUCAUAAGGGCCCUCAUUUUGUACGGCUACUUAAUCCCCAUUUCUCUCUAUGUCUCCAUUGAACUUGUCAAAGUUCUACAAGCUACGCUUAUUAAUAAGGAUAUAGAAAUGUAUGAUGAAGUAACAUGCAAGUCAGUUGAAGCCCGGACUUCAAAUCUGAAUGAGGAGCUGGGUCAGGUAGAAAUGAUUCUGUCUGAUAAAACUGGGACUUUGACUUGCAACCAGAUGGAAUUUAGGAAGUGCUCUAUUGCAGGGAUUUCAUAUGGGGGUGAUGUUAAUGAAGUUGAUCUUGCUGCAUCUAAAAGAAUAAAUGCUGACAUGGAGAGAUAUCAAUUUAGUUUUGCUAGGUCUGAUUCUAUAACUGAAAGCUUUGAAAUGUUGGAGUUCUCUGUUGCUGAUAUUAGCAUACAAAAGGCAGCUCUAGGCGGCAAAGAGGACAUUGACAAUCUACUGACAGGAAAUUCGAGAAUUUCUCAUGCAGGGAAAGAAUCUGUUAUCAAAGGUUUCAACUUCAAGGAUGACCGGCUCACAGGAAAAAGUUGGAUUUGGACAUCCAACUCAUAUGACAUGACUAUGUUCUUCAGAGUCAUGGCAUUGUGUCACACGGGCAUACCUAUUGAAGAGGAUCAAACUGGUAAGCUGAAGUAUGAGGCGGAAUCACCUGAAGAAGUGGCGUUUUUGAUUGCUUCACAAGAGUUUGGAUUCAAAUUUUUGCGGAGAACCCAGUCUGUAAUGGUCCUUAAGGAGCUUGACCCUUCCUCUGGUUUUGAGGUAGAGAGGGAGUACAAACUUUUAAAUCUGCUAGAGUUCAGCAGUUCACGAAAGAGGAUGUCUGUAAUAGUUAGCAAUGAUGAUGGUCAGAUCUUUCUGCUUUGCAAAGGCGCUGACAGCAUUAUCUUGGAUAGGCUUGACGAUCAUGGUAGGUCAUAUCAGCAGGCAACGAGUUCACACCUUUCCGAUUAUGCAGAAGAUGGCUUGCGCACUCUGGUAUUUGCUUAUCGGAAACUUGAAGUGGCUGAGUAUGAGAAUUGGAACUCAAUAUUUACAAGAGCUAAGACCACUGUAGGUCCCAAAAGAGAUGAGUUGCUAGAGAGUGCUUCUGAAAUGAUAGAAAAAGAUUUGAUUCUACUAGGGGCUGCGGCUGUUGAAGACAAGCUACAGAAAGGGGUUCCUGAGUGCAUAGAUAAACUUGCUCAAGCAGGCCUGAAGUUCUGGUUGCUCACAGGUGACAAGAAGGAGACUGCAGUAAAUAUCGGAUUUGCUUGUAGUUUACUUGGACACAAUAUGAGACAAUUUCAUUUGAGUUUGAGCAAAGAAGUUGAAAACAGCAACCAAGUGCAGGCUAUGAAAGAUGACAUUUUGCAUCAAAUUGAAAGCUUUUCCCUGGCGAUGAGUGAAGAAAGAAGCAAGAAUGCACCCUUUGCUCUGAUUGUAGAUGGGAAAGCUCUUGAAAUAGCUUUGAGAAGUGAUGUGAAGAACCAUUUCUUCUGCUUGGCUGUUAAUUGCAUCUCUGUUAUAUGCUGCCGAGUGUCUCCAAAACAGAAAGCUUUGAUUACAAGGUCAGUGAAGGCAUACACUGGCAGGAUAACCUUAGCAAUCGGAGAUGGAGCGAAUGAUGCAGUCAUGGCCAGUGAUUUUUCAUUGCCUCAAUUUCAUUUCUUGGAGCGCUUACUUCUAGUUCAUGGGCAUUGGUGUUACAAGAGGAUCUCCAAGAUGAUUCUCUACUUUGUAUACAAGAACAUAUUGUUGGGACUUACCCUAUUCUACUACGAAUUAUACACAGCAUUCUCUGGGGAGGUCCUAUACGAUGACUGGUAUAUGGUACUGUUCAAUGUUAUGUUGACAUCCUUGCCGGUUAUAUCAUUGGGAGUCCUUGAGCAGGAUGUUUCAUCAGAAGUAUGCCUGCAGUUUCCAGCUCUCUAUCAACAAGGACAAAGGAAUAUUCACUUCAGUUGGGUACGCAUAAUUGGCUGGAUUUUGAACGGUGUAGUGACUUCACUGGUCAUCUUAACCAUGAACAUAAGAAUACUGUCUCCCACUGCAUUCCGCGAGGAGGGAGACGUGGCAGACAUGGCACACCUUGGUGCCAUCACAUACACAUGCGUUAUUUGGACUGUCAACUGCCAGAUCGCCCUUAUCAUCAGCCAUUUCACUUGGAUCCAACAUGUUUUCAUCUGGGGUAGCAUCCUGUCCUGGUACAUCUUGUUGCUGAUCUAUGGUGCUCUCCCUCCCUCGUAUUCAAACCGAGCAUUUCACCUAUUGGUGGAAGCUAUUGGGCCUGCGCCGAAGUACUGGAUGGUCACAUUGCUUGUAGUAGUUGUUUCUCUUCUUCCAUACAUCAUACACCUUGUCAUUCAGCGAACAUUCUACCCCAUGGACGAUCAUGUAAUCCAAGAAAUGAAGCAUUUCCGGAAAGAUAUCAUGGACAAUGCUAUGUGGUUGAGGGAACAAAACAACUCCAAGACAACCACCCAUGUUGGAUUUUCUGCAAGAGUUGAAGCUAAGAUCUCUCGUCUGAAACAACAGUUGCACCACAAGAAGGCAUAGAUAUAUAAAUCAGUGACAAGCAGCCCACUGUUCUAAUAGGUCAUAGAUAUGGUGUCCUCCUAAUUAAGUUGAAUGUUUGUUAUCAGCAUUUCUAUUCUUUUAUUUAUGGGUAAUUCAUUAUUUGUCUAUAGAGUUGUAGAAUCGUGUACCACCUCCAUCUUGUUGGGAUUUUAUUGGACCAAAAAUUGUAUUCUUGACAAUUAUGUUUGCAAUUGUUGAGUUUUUGAACAUCUUUCACUAUCC